AUGGACGAAAUUGUCGUUAGUAACGACCAGCGUCGUACACAGCAAAACACAUUCCAACAAUACCAGCCUCCUGGCUCCAAACCCGCCAAUGAAUCGCCGCCGCCUCCGCCGCCGCCUACGAGCGUCAUGAUAGGCGGCAAGCUCCAAGAGAAAAAGUAUGGUUUGGUUGAGGGCAAGUGGGUGCAGCUCACGGCUGCUGGCGUUCCGCGCAAGAAGCCCGGCCGCAAGCCCGGCACCAUUGUUAAGCCUAGUACGGAUGCCGAGACCAAGACGCGGCGGCCUAGGAAACCGCGCGAUCCUGAUGCGCCCCCCAUUCAGCGCAAGCGCAAGGCUAUCCUCACCGACACGGAGCAGGACGACUCCGACGUCUCACGAACCCCCGGUCACGCAGGCGCCUCGCCAAACUCCACUUCCCACAGCUUCCUGCAAACAUCUCCCACGCAAGCUCGCUCGUCGCCCAAGAUGCCCAAGCGCGAAGGCUAUCUGCAGGGCAUUCUCAACGAUGACCCCCCGCCAGCAGCAUCUAUUCCUGUCCGCACGAGCGGCCAGAGCUACGACCCGAUCCGAGGCAUCUCGGGAUCUGCGCGCGAUGCGCCCCCGUAUAAUGCGUAUUCGCCCGCCGCCGGCUCUCCCAGACCGCCUACCCACGCCAACAAGUCUCCUUCCAUCGCUAGUCUGCUAGAGCCGGCCGCGCCCAACAUGUCGCCCUCCAACUCGCGCAAUGGCUAUCCCGCGUCCCGCCUUCCAGACGAGAGACCUCUGCCGGCUUCGCCCUCGAAUCAACCGCCGCGGCCAUUUGCUGCUCGCCCGGCGCCCGAAAAGUCAGAGGCACUCGAUGUGCCGCGACCUGUCAUUAACCCUUCGAACUUCACAACCAUUGCCAAUGGUCCUAUUAGAAAAGUGUCCCCCAAGCACACCGGCGUAUCGACUCCCAGAACAGAUCUCGACGACUUUGGAACCGAGGGCGAUGGCCGCUCCAUCCUCGAUUUUGGCAAAGCUAAGCCCGGCGAGGAGGCCGACGUGCCUACGAUUGUUCUGAGCAUCCCCAUAUCCAGCGGCGAGACGAAUAAAUACGUAAACUUCCUGCGACUCGCAGAGGACCGAUACGGUUGGGAUGCCCUGCAUCCGCGUCUGGCGGCUAACCGAGACCGCAAAGCGCGCAUUGCGGCGGCGGCGGCGAACCUCGAACGAAUCGAGUCGGGAAGAGAAUCUGGCGACGAAAUGUCCGUGGACCUGUCUGACGGCGAGGGUAGCAACCCCGAAGUCGCUGGCGCCAGCGGCACUGACAACCAGCCGAAGCCCACCAAGAAGAAGCGCAAUUUCAAGGAGGACCAAUACGACGUCGAAGACGAUUUUGUCGACGAUUCGGAGAUGCUCUGGGAGGCACAGGCGGCCGCCAGCCGUGACGGCUUCUUCGUCUACUCUGGGCCGCUGGUUCCCGAGGUCGAAAAGCCUCCAGCCGGCACUGAAGGUCCUGUCCGACGCGGUCGCGGCGGUCGCGGCAGUCGUGGUGGACGCGGAGGCUCGACGCGCGGCGCUGGCACCGGUCGCGGCGGCGGCCCCGGAUCCCGCGGCGGCAUCGUUCGCAAGCCGCGCAUCACAAAGGCCGAGAGACUGCUGCGCGAAAAGGAAAAGGCGGAGCGCGAAUCCAUGGCCCAGGUGCCCAAGACGCCGACGAGCAAUUACGUUGUGCCGAGCCCGGCACCCAUUCAGCUCGGCGUCUAA